CCUAUAACAAGGCUGUAAGGGAAAAUGUUUGUUUAUGAGGUUUAGAGGUGUUCAUGUGUGUUUUCAUCCUGCCACUGCACAUAAGUUAAAUCAGUUAGCCUUUCCAGCCCUCCCUGUUACCUGUGCAGUAGCAUGUUACCACUGCUGGAGGAGGAGAUCAAACUCAGAAGAUGCUUAGGAAUGCUGCCACCUACCCGAUGACUGCUGAGGAUGGAACGAUUGUAUAUUAAGAUCAGUGGACGCAGCUUCACGCAACAUUGACUGAUCAUCUGUUAUCUGAUAGUGCGGUCCUUCUGCGGUCUACUGAAGCCCCUCAGAUAGAUACUGGAUGCCUGACUGCAGGAGAGCAGCUGGAAAAGCAUCUCAGUGAGCUGAGGAAUAUUGUGGUUGGCUCCAGCAGUCCACGGCUGCGUGAUUGUUCCGUGGAAAACGUGAGCAGAAAGAGGAAUGUGAACUGAACGAGCCGCGGUCUAACCUCGUGUAGAAGAAAUACUCUGGGAAUUGUCACUCAGGAUAUCCCCGUUCCGUCAGGGAUUCGCCUGUUUGUUUGUUUUUUGCAGUGAAGAAUAACUGCAGAAGACCAGCACCAUGAUGACUGCACGGGAAAUAAUCAAGAAGAAACCGCCCAAAGACAGUCUGACGCUGCUACCCUGCUUCUAUUUUGUAGAGCUACCCAUUGUGGCAUCCUCUAUGGUUUCACUGUACUUCCUGGAGCUGACGGAUGUGCUCCAGCCGGCGCAGGUGGGGUUUCGCUGUCAUGACCGUUCACUCAGCAUGCCGUACGUGGACAGCGGUGAUGAGCUCAUCCCUCUGCUCAUGCUCCUGAGUCUGGCGUUCGCCGGCCCUGCUGCCUCUAUCAUGAUAGGUGAAGGUCUACUGUAUUGUAUGCAGUCGAAACUGAAGGUCCGUCCAGGGAUUGAGGGAAGCAUAAAUGCUGGUGGAUGUAAUUUUAACUCUUUCCUGCGGAGAACUGUUCGUUUUGUUGGGGUUCAUGUGUUCGGUCUUUGUGCAACAGCACUGGUUACUGAUGUCAUCCAGCUGGCCACUGGCUACCACACACCAUUCUUUCUCACAGUGUGCAAACCCAAUUAUACCGUCCCCGGUGUGUCCUGUGACAAGAACCCUUACAUCACCAAAGACAUUUGCUCGGGCCAGGAUCAGAAUGCUAUUCUGUCUGCCAGGAAAACCUUCCCUUCCCAGCAUGCAACCCUCUCUUCCUUUGCUGCUGUUUAUAUUUCAAUGUACUUCAACUCAACAAUCUCUGAUAGCACCAAGCUGCUCAAACCCGUUCUGGUGUUUGCCUUUGCCAUUGUGGCUGCGUUGACGGGACUCACUCAGAUCACCCAGUACCGCAGUCACCCUAUCGAUGUUUACGUUGGGUUCUGUAUUGGUGCUGGUAUUGCCGCAUACCUGGCUUUCCAUGCUGUUGCCAACUUCAAAUCUCCAGAGGAAGCUGUCAACCCACAACCUCCUACUCUGCAAAAGGAUGCUUUGAGGGCUCUGGCCCAGAGAGGCCAUGACUCGGUCUAUAACAAAAGCCACGCCUCUGAGAGCAAUGAGGAAAUAACAUCACCAGCAUCUCUAGAUGGGCUGAACCGGCCUUUACAGCGGGAGAAAACCUCGUUGGGAAGCUUAAAGAGAGCCAGUGUCAAUGUGGAGCUACUGGCGCCUCGCAGCUCAAUGGGUAAGGAGACAAUGGUGACCUUCAGCAACACAUUACCCCGUGCUAAUCCAGAGGAGCCAACGAGGCGUCUGGUGACAGUACCUGUACCACUGGACCCAAUGCGGUCACAGCAAUUAGUGUCUGAAUGGAAGCAAAAGUCAAUGGAGAUGCGAGGCGGCAGCUUGCCCGAUGAGGACACUAGCGAGCAGGGCUCAGAUGGUGGCAACGACACAACCACAGAGGAGGAUAGCGUCCACUCUUCAGUCUAUUCGUCUGUUCAACAAUCAACCAAACCUGCUAACCCACCUGCAGGUGCAAGAGUAGUGAUGCCCCCUCGUCCCCCAGCACAGCCCUCGGCCCCCCCACCUGUGUCCCCUAAAAGCGCCAGCACUCGGGCCAAAUGGUUGUCCAUCACAGAAAAAAGUGGUGCUAAUAUCCCAGUUCUUAAGGCAGGAAAUCAGCCUCGGAUCAUGCAGGUCAUUGCCAUGUCCAAGCAACAGGGACUCCUGUCUGGAUCAGCCAGAUCCUCAGAGACUUCAUCCUCUUCUGGUACCUCAUCCAUCACAGGUACAGAAUCAUCACCUAAUCGUUCAGAACGUGAUAGCGGUUCAGGCAUCAUCACAGUUGAUGCCCAUGCACCCCACCUCCCUGUAGUUCGUAUGACCUCCAACCCCAACAACCCCUGGGAGUGGAGAGGAUCUUCUGAUGGAAACACGGCCGAGUCGUACGAGCUUAAAAACCUCAACCGUGAGGGUUCCUGCAGUUACCGUCACAUCAGAAGCAUCUCUCCCUGUUCCUCCGUCAGUGAGACUGAACACAGGCCACCCCAGCCUCUUCAACCUCCCCAGCCACCACUUCCCCCUCAACUCCCACCGGUGGGUCAAACCACAGAGGGUCGCAGUCUGCGCCGAAAGACCCCUCUAGUUCUUCUGGAUAGAGAGGCCAAUCUGAACCACACUGAACAGGUCAACUACUACAAAAAGCUACAAAGUAGCAGGCAUUUCAAAGAGUGACAAUGUGCUGACUUAUAUUUGAGCACAACUACACUUUUUGGUCUUUGGGUUUUCAUUUCUUGAUUUGAUUCCAUGAGCAAUAUCUGAAUAACUGGAUCCACUACACAUUGAGUCAGAAGAGCAUUUGAGAGAUGUUGCUUCUGACAACAUAAGAGCACAGUGGUUUUGUCCUCUGAGGACAAACCAAACUACACUAUCAAGAUUCCAAUAAUUUCUAUUGUGUUUAUAUAAUAUCCAUAUAAUCAAAUUCCAACAAUGCUGAUUGUAAAAUACGGUUUGGGUUUAUUUUUAUUGCUGUUCUUUUUUGUUCAUACUUAAACGUGUGACUCAGAUAUCAAUUUGAAUUUAUGUGUAUGUGUGUUUACGCACGAUUGUUUAGUGUAUUUUGUGGUGAUACAAUAAUAUUAGGAACUAUUUGAUUGCCUUGUAGCUCUCAUGGUGAAAACCGAUUUAAAUUAUUUUGUUGGCUCUUUAUGAAUGAUAAUUGUUCUGAAAAAGGGUAGCGUCCUUCAUUCUACAUCUGACUAUAAUUGUUUAUAAACUGUUCUGGACAUUCUGCAAGUCUACCGAAGACUCCCUGUGUAAAAUGGUGGAAAUAUGGAAGCACUUUGAAUAAGCACUGUGUGUAAACAAGUGAGGUUAACUCAAUUGUCUGAGAUAUUCCAAAGGAAUAUUAGACUGUCCUGGACACUUUAAGAAAAGUAUUUUCUCAUAAUUCAUGAUGUACCUUAUAGUGGAACAUCAGCUGGACAACAGGUCCAUUGAAAUAUUUACUGCAAAAGAAAAAAAUAUUAUUAUUAUUUAUUUAUUUAUUUGGUGUAAAUCACAAAAAAAACAUUUCUACAACUCUCUGGGAUUUAUCUGUAAUAGUUAGUGAUCUCCUUGUCAUGCUUUUUCCCAGAGGUUCUCCUCUAAAUGAUCCUGAUGCAUGUUAUGUGAGUGUCGUCGAGGUGGAAGUGAAGCCUUGUCAGUGCAGAAUUCCAAUCUGUUCUCAUGUACAUGUACAGCCGUCACUGCAGGUUGAAUUCUGUGUGUGUCAGCUCUCUCUUCACGGUGCUCUGAUCUGCUCCUGGAUCUCUGUAGAUGGUUGUCCGUAAUGGAUGCUUCGUGCUGUUGAUGCAGUUUCUGAAAAAAGACAACAAAAAUUACAACAAUAAACAAGCUGCUGUAAAUUAAAAUAUGUGUAAACUGCAAACCUUGCCCAUCCCUUUAAUGCACUGAAAUAUUUCCUGUUCAUCUUUAUAGACUUCUUUAAUUAAUAAAGUGGAUCCUGCCUACAGCAGGUUAGUGGUGGUGAUGUAGAUUCUGAACCAAUCAGUAGACAUUCGAGAGUGAGUGGUAAAAAAACCUGAGCCAUUUGAUUUAUAAAAAUCAAAUAAUAGGAAGGCAGCUUCAUUUUUCUUUCUGCCCACAAUUUAAAAUCUCUGAAAGGGUGACUUUUCACAGAAUACAGCAGCGUCUCCAUCACAGUACUGGGACAUUAGUAUACACACACACAAACACACACACAGACCUCAGGAUGAGCACCCCCUGUUGGCCUCACUUCUCACAGCGAUUUAAUUCUCAUUUUAAGUCUCCCAUCCAGGUACUGGCCAAGCACAACACUGCUAAGCUUCAGUGAUAAACCUGUGUAGAGCUGCAGGGUGUCAGGUUUUCCAAUGCAAGCAAACAAACAAACAGAAAGAUUCUGAUUGAUGAAAGGAGCCACUGCUUAUGCUUAGGGCCCUCAAAGUCCCCAAGUUGUCCCAUACACAACAAACCUGCAUUUUAUGUUUUAAAAUGGAUUAAACACUGUCUAAUUUAAUUUAUUAUUAUUAUUUUUAUUACUAUUAUUAUUAAUUGUGAGAACAGAUUUUAUAGUUUACUAUUGUUUAUCUAACAAUUCACUGAUACUUGAUAAGAUUUUACAAGAGCCAUUUACAAGUUUAUUAAGUGCACAUGCUUUUGUUUAAUCAUUGUCAUUUGAUUAAGCAAACUCCCAGAAGCAUAAUGACUCUGCUGGUCCGAAUUAUUAUACUUAACCUCAGCACACCCCUGACAAAUAUAAUAAAUCAGAAAUAUUAACCAAUAAAGUACUUCAGGGUUUUAGUUUUGAUUCAAUAUACUGUAUGACAUGCUUGCAUUUGGGACCUGAUUUUUAUCCGACCUGAUUUCUCAUUAAAACUGGAUUUUUAAUCUCUCCACCACAGAUCAUUUCUAGCCCAGAGCAUUUUAUAGCGUAGAGGUCACGCUUAAAAUUCUAAUUUAUUGCAGAUUAAACCAAAGCACCGGCAGUGCACGCAUUCCUGAACAAAAAAAGAAAAAAAAAA